ACAUCUGCAUAUGCUUCAAACCCUUCUAGCCCAUCAACUGGUCAGCAAAAGCACACAUGAAAUCCAAAUGCAUGGGAGGCACUGGCAGGAGAUCUCCUCAGUUAAUGCUCAGUCCUUGCCUCUGCUUGUCUGCUGAGGGCAUGGGCUUAAGAUAAGACAUCAACAUCUGCAAAUCCAAGUUAGAAGCUCACAGAAAGGCCACAGUUCUGAGAGAUUUAAAAAUCAGUAGUUUGAUUAUGUGAGCUGUGGUUCUUUCAGGAACCAACACUGAUCCACCAAACUUGGUCAUAUCUAGGACUUUACUUACACUAAUCAGGUUUUAGUCCUUUCAUGGUACAGGGAUCACAGCUAUAUAAAUACACACUGACUAUGUGUGGGUUCAAACAUUUCGAAGAUUCAGUAUCCUGAAAGGCGUUACCUUUAUUCCAGUCCUGAGUUCCAGUUUGUCUUAAAGUCUGAAGGCAUCAGAUAUUUUCAGCACCUUCAGCACCUGUCCCAGCGCAGGAAUGCUCUCAGCAUGGGUCAUCGUGAGCUUUCUCUGUGCAGCCACUGCCACUGCCAAAGUAAUGGAAGUGACUCAGCCAGCAAUAGUACUGGCCAACAGGCAAGGAGUUGCCAGCUUGGUGUGUAACUACAAGCACAUUGGGAAUGCAAAGGAAAUUCGAGUAACUUUGCUCAAACAGACAGGUGACAAGUUCACUGAAAUCUGCGCUUCGACCUACACGAUGGAAUUUGAAAUGUUCAGCGUGGAAGAGGUUAUUCAGUGCCAUGUUAGCCCGGGCCGAAACAACGUGACCCUUACCCUCACAGGCCUGCAAGCUAAUGAUACUGGUCUUUAUGUCUGCAAGAUGGAGCGGAUGUACCCUCCACCAUACUUCAUGAACAAGGGAAACGGGACGCAACUCUAUGUCAUUGAUCCAGAACCUUGUCCAGACACUGCCAUAUAUCUCUGGGUAUUAGGAGCUACUGCCUCAGGAUUCUUUCUUUACAGCAUCAUCAUCUCAGCCAUUGUUGUGAGCAAAGCGAUCCAGAGAAGACGACGUCUCACUACUGGGGUCUAUGUGAAAAUGCCUUCUGAAAAGCUAGAGAAAAAAGUGAUUCCAUUUCACAUCACUGUUAACUGAAACAAGGAGAUGGAGAGCCUGUUUCCUAGUGGAAAGGAGAAUCUGCUAAUUGACUUAAGUCAAAGUAAUAAAAUGUAUUGUCUUAUUAUAAAGGUGUACCGAAAAGAGAGAAAAUAUUUGUAACUUCUAUAGUUUGGAGGAGAAUAAAUAGCUUAUGCAUUAAUAUUUCAAGGUUAACCCUGUCACAUAUAAAUGGCUAUGUUAGGCCAUUGAUUUUUUGAGUUGUAUUGUACCAAUAUGUAGUCUAUGUAAAUAUACAUAUGGAUGUAUAGCAUUAAGAGAUAUUGCUGUUGCAGUUGAACAUCUUAUUGUCACAUUGUGCCGUGUCUACUGAUCAACUGAAAUCCAAACACUAUUAUUGCAGAGGCUUUUGUAUCAUUGCAAAGUUAAUCCUACAGGUCUGAGGGGAAGAGGCAGAAGGGCACACUAAUGCACAAAGGAAUGUUGUCUUGUUUCCAUGCAGUGCUAUUUAUUGGUUCAAUUUGUUGUAUUAGUGCUCUGCGCUUCCACAAAGGCAUCGCUGUAGGCUGGCACUGAUGAUACUGCUGCUCUAAAAGCCUGAUCUCAGCCUUUCUCUGGCACUGUGUCUCAGCAGUGCAGCACUGGAAUUAACACUGAUGAUAUCUGAGGCAGUGCUGACAGCAUGGUUGGAGAGAAAGUCUGCCCAGCAGGAGACCUCUGGGGCUGUUGCUGGGAGGAUGUUCCAAUUCUGCUGGAGCCUUGAGUUUUACAAAUGCUAAAUUAGCAUCUAUCCAAGAGACAGAAGUAUGUUAUGUGUUUAACUGAGUCUAUUUUCCAUGAAAAUACAGACACUGUAUAAUCUUGUUUAUUAGUUAUGUACCAUUCAAUAAAAAUCUUGAAGCUUUGCCCAAAUCAAGUGCAUGUCUUAUUCACCAUUCUCAGAAGCAACAGGAAGUGGCUACAUGUUAGAAAGCAGUGAUGACAAGCUGAACCUUUCCCCUCUGACCCUAUGUUUUGCCCUUCUGAGGAAACUUGUGCGCUCAUGGCAACACUUAGUUUUCUCAGCUCUCCUCCUCAGAUGUCACCAUUAAAAUCUGCCAAGUCCUCAGUUUGUCUAGUUAGAGCUGAUAUGCUGUGAUUGAGAGAUGCUACCAAACACCUAUACACUUCCAGCAAAGUUACUUGCUUGCAGAAGGUAA